AUGGCCACACCACCGAACAACGGACCCGCGGAAAAGCCCAGCAAUCCGCUCAAGCGGGUUGACCUCGAUGGGCACGACCUGCCUCCAUCUCCUGCGCCCUCCAGCCCUCGCAAUGGCCGUCGCCGUUAUGCUCUUGCUACCGAACUGGUCUACACCGAAAGCAACGACCAGUACGGCGCCUCCAGCGUUCCCAUCUACCAGUCUGCUACUUUCAAGCAGAGCAGCGCCACUGGUGGAGGUGAGUACGACUACACCAGGUCGGGUAACCCGACGCGCACUCACUUGGAGCGUCACCUGGCCAAGAUCAUGAACGCGACAAGAGCUCUUGCAGUUGGCUCUGGCAUGGGUGCCUUGGAUGUCAUCAGCCGCUUGUUACGCCCCGGAGACGAGGUCAUCACCGGAGACGAUUUGUACGGGGGCACGAACCGCCUACUGACGUACCUAUCUUCUAACCAAGGCAUCAUUGUUCACCAUGUCGACACAACUCAAGUUGACUCUGUGCGCCAUGUCAUCUCUGACAAGACUGCGAUGGUUCUUCUGGAGACGCCGACGAACCCUCUCAUCAAGAUUGUCGACAUCCCUUCUAUUGCCAAGCUGGUUCAUGAUGCCAACGAGAAGGCUCUGGUGGUUGUGGACAACACCAUGCUCUCGCCCAUGUUGUUGAACCCCUUGGACAUUGGCGCCGACAUCGUGUACGAGUCGGGCACGAAGUAUCUGUCGGGCCACCACGAUAUCAUGGCCGGUGUCAUCGGCGUCAACGAAUCUUCUAUUGGAGACAAGCUCUAUUUCACAAUCAACUCUACGGGCUGCGGUCUCUCGCCGAAUGAUUCGUUUCUGCUCAUGAGGGGCAUCAAAACCUUGGCCAUCCGCAUGGAGAAGCAACAGGCCAACGCUCAACAGAUUGCCGAGUUCCUCGAGUCCCACGGUUUCAAGGUCAGAUACCCCGGGCUCAAGUCUCAUCCCCAGUAUGACCUUCACUGGUCUAUGGCGCGGGGCGCUGGCGCCGUCUUAUCGUUUGAGACAGGAGAUGCAGCUCUAUCGGAGAGGAUCGUAGAGGCUGCCAAGUUGUACAGCAUCAGUGUCAGCUUUGGCUGCGUGAAUAGUCUCAUUAGCAUGCCCUGCCAAAUGAGCCACGCCAGCAUCGAUGCCAAAACCCGCAAGGAGAGGCAGAUGCCAGAGGACCUCAUCCGACUGUGUGUGGGUAUCGAGGAUGUCACCGACCUGAUUGAGGAUCUUUCUCGGGCUCUUGUGCAGGCCGGGGCGGUCAAUGUGACCCUCGACGGAUUUCGUGCGACCGAAUCCGUCCAACAAGCCGGAGAGGCUUUGGCAUGA